AUGUCACUUUCCGUACAUCCGCAGCAAUUGAAAGAGCCUGAUACAAGAGAGAUUGCAGCUUCAUCGUGCUCUAGUUUUUCCACUCAAAGCGAGAAGCAGAGCCCAGAUGUGUCUUCGGAUUCGAGCGAUUUAGAAAGUCAAAGUUCCUUGUCAACACCCGUAUAUCAUGUUUUUUCGCGGUCUCAGAAGCUGCGUAUGGUCUACACUGUGUCUCUUGCUGCCAUCUUCUCUCCACUCUCUUCUAAUAUCUAUUUUCCUGCCUUGGCCCUUAUUUCGAAGGACUUGAAUGUUUCCAUGUCCCUGAUCACUUUGACCGUCACCAUAUACAUGGUCGUCCAGGGAGUGGCUCCAAGUGUCUGGGGCUCUUUUUCAGAUGUUAUCGGUCGCCGAGCAGUCUUUGUAGGCACCUUUAUCGUCUACAUCAUUUCAAACAUUGCCCUUGGUCUGUCAAACAGUUAUGGUCAACUCAUGGCUUUUCGUGCGUUGCAAGCUGCCGGUAGCGCUGCGACCAUCUCGAUCGGUGCUGGUGUGAUCGGGGAUAUUGCUUCAUCGGCCGAAAGAGGUGGCUUGGUUGGUAUCUUUGGCGGAGUCCGUAUGCUCGGGCAAGGAGUCGGCCCAGUCUUUGGGGGGAUUCUUUCUGAAUACUUAGGCUUCAGAUCGAUUUUCUGGUUCCUUGCUAUCCUAUCCACCGUCAGUCUUCUGACCAUCCUCUUCUUUCUCCCCGAGACACUCCGUUCCAUUGCCGGGAAUGGCACCGGCCCUCUUCAUGGAAUUCACAAGCCAUGGAUCUAUUUCAUCACUGGCCAGAGACUUGGCAAAGAGGGUGCCACCGCCAUCCCCGAUGGCCCUAGGAAGAAGAUCACGAUGAAGACGGUAGUUGCUCCCCUGGGCUUCUUGAGUGAGAAGGACGUUUUUGUCACUCUUUUCUACGGCGCAAUUGUUUACUCCGUGUGGUCGAUGGUGACCUCAUCUACGUCGUAUCUCUUCGAGUCCACUUAUGGGCUAAAUACUCUGCAAGUUGGAUUGACCUUUUUGGGAAAUGGCUUUGGCUGCAUGUCCGGAUCGUACACGAUCGGGUAUUUGAUGGAUUUCAACCACAGAAGAACCGAACACGAGUACUGCAUCCGAAACAACCUGCCGCUCGAGACUCGUAUCACCACCAAGACGCAUCCCGAUUUUCCGAUCGAAUACGCCCGCAUGCGCAACACUUGGUGGAUCACUGCACUCUUCACCAUCUGCACCUCCGUGUACGGAUUCUCAUUGCGCACACAUGUUGCAGUCCCCGUCAUCCUUCAAUAUCUCAUCGCUUAUUGUGCCACCGCCAUCUUCACCAUCAACAGUGCGCUCAUCAUUGAUCUCUACCCUGGAGCUAGUGCCAGUGCGACGGCCGUCAACAAUUUGAUGCGAUGCUUGGUGGGCGCAGCUGGCGUUGCUGCCGUCCAGCCCAUGAUCGAUCGUCUCACACCUCAGUGGACCUUCGUGCUCCUUGCGGGUAUCACGGUUCUGAUGAGCCCGUUGCUGGUGGUUGAGUUGCGAUGGGGCGCUGGCUGGCGACAAGAUCGCCUGGAGCGGCUGAGACGGAAGGAGGAGUCCGUCCCACCGCGCACCGAAGAGGGAAGUGGUGGCCUAUGA